AUGACGUCGAAUAAGCCUUACUCAGGAUCGAAUCCUAUCCCAAAGGUCUCCGAUUUCCUUCGCGAAACCGCCGAAAGGGUCGAGGGCCAGCAGAAAGACGAACAGGCCCAGAUUGCCAGAGAACGCAAAGGGGUAGAGCAGGGUGAAGGAUCACAAGGGAAUAGGAGAACUGUAACUGAUCCGACAACAGGAAAAGAGGUAGUGAUUGAAGAUACGAAUGAGAGCUUUCUCAAUGCGGCGAAAAGAAACGACGUGGUGGUUCCAAAUGCGAAUUUAACAGACAGAAAGGACAUUGGUGAUCCUCAGGCAAAACAUUCUUCGCCGACUCAGUCCCAAGAAGAAUACGCAAAAACUCAAGAUGUUACCGCGCCCCCCGCACCGAUAGCUCCAGGCACAACCAGUGAUGUCCCCAUCCACGGCGAAAAGACAAACAUUCUUUUCCACCCCACCCCUCGCUAUCACUCCGAGGCACAGUCUUUCACGAUCUCGAGAAGCGCGCAACAACCCUUUGCGGGAUCCUUUUCGUCUCAAUCGUUCUCAUACAUCUUUUACUGGACCAAAAACCUCGUGGAAGAGUCUGCAAACGUCGACUGGGAGACUGAGAAGCGUCGAGGUCAGACGGCAGUGGCAAAUCUAAUACCAGAGUCUGUGGAAUGGAUGAAUACUCUCUUGGGACUUGGGUGGAACCUCGUGAACCCAGAAAUGUUCAGUAGUGUAGCGGAUCUAUUAGAGGAUGUUAUGCAGGCAUCGGUCCCCGGGGUAAUUGAGAAUGUGAGAGUAGCGGAUAUUUCUCAAGGAUCGAACCCCUUGAGGAUCCUUUCGCUGAGAGCACUGCCUGAUGUUGAGGUGGCGGACUUGAAAAGGGCUGCGACGUCUGAAAGGGGCGGAAAGGACCAACAACAGAGAUUGGCCGAGGAAGAAGGCGGAGAAGUGUAUAAUCUCGAGGCUUCAUUUGCGUACCACGCGGCACCAACGGAGGGAAGAGGGGUGAGCAAAAAAGCUAAGAACAUGCAUUUGCAGGUGGAGUUUUAUCUGGGUAUCAAGGGGCUUUUCGGCGUCCCUGUGCCUAUAUGGGUCGAGCUCAAGAGUCUUGUCGGAACUGUUCGCUUGCGGCUGCAGUUGACCCCCGAUCCUCCGUUCCUAAGGACGCUCACCUUCACUCUCAUGGGAACACCACAGGUCGCUGUAUCAUGUAUACCGAUGGUUGAAUGGGGCAUCAACGUCCUGAACCUUCCGGUUAUAUCCCAAUUCGUCAAUGCUUCGAUUGCAACCGCUGCGAAUGAGUAUGUUGCACCAAAAAGCAUGUCUCUCGAGAUUGGAAAGAUGUUGCUUGGGGAUGAUGUCAAGAAGGAGGUUGACACGGUUGGUAUCUUAUGGGUGAGGAUUAAAAAGGCCGUGGGAUUGAGCAAGCAAGAUAAGAGGGGCAGCAGUGACGCCUAUAUCACUUUGGCCUAUAGCAAGUAUGAGAAACCGAUGUACUCGACACGAGUGAUCGUCGAUGACCUUAACCCCAUCUGGGAGGAAAGCACAGCAUUACUUGUGAAAGCCGAUCAUAUCAAAGCAAACGAAGCUCUUUCAGUCGAACUCUGGGAUUCAGACAGACUCACUGCCGACGACAUGGUCGGAAAGGUAGAAAUUCCGCUUCAUGACCUUAUGCUCAACCCUGGAAGGAUGCAUGAGCAAGUCUCAACAUUGACUGGCGCUGAGUCUGGUACAAGUAUGCCCGGCAAACUUUAUUGGGAGGUUGGAUUUUUCGGCAAGCCGGACUUCCGUCCUGCACUGAGAACAUCCGGGAAGGACGUGAACCUUCCUGACCAACUAAAAGACCGGCCGGAGCUCCAGGAUGAUCAGGGCGUUUUGGAGAACACACUGGAGGAUGCUGUGAUGCAUACACCUCCAGACCCGCUGUUUCCUUCUGGGAUCGUAUCCCUUGUUGUUCAUCAGAUUGUCAACCUGGAGAUCAGAGAUUUGACUGGAAACUAUGGUAACAGGAAGAAUGGGAAAGAGUAUUCCCCUGGUAUGGAAACCGGGGAGAUUAAGCAGGAGGAAGGUGGAAAGCUACCAAGCGCUUACUGCACAAUUGCUAUCAACGAUCAGCUUGUUUACCGCACCCGUAGUAAGGUAGUAAGCAGCAAACCGAUUUUCAACGCAGGUACCGAACGUUUUAUCCGUGACUGGCGCUCCGCUAUUAUCACCGUCACAGUUCGCGACCAACGCUACCGUGAACAUGACCCUAUCCUCGGUGUAGUUCCCCUAAAACUUUCGGAUAUACUCCAAACGAACUCUGAAGUCACUCGGUGGUUUCCCCUCGAUGGUGGUAUCGGUUUUGGUCGUAUUCGUCUAUCUCUCCUAUUUAGAAGUGUUGAAUUAACCCUUCCACGACAAAUUACUGGGUGGGACGUUGGUACAUUUGAAUUCACCUCUGAAACACUCAUCGCAGAGUCAUAUCCUACCGUUGCAAAAAUCAAACUUAGAACCGGAGGGUCCACUGGCUUGAUCCCCCGCAAAAAUGGCGCUAAAACGCAAACCGGUGCUAUUGAGUGGGCUCUAGUUAGAGGAAAGAAAGAGAAGCAACAUCGCAUCCGUCUCCCUGUUAGGCAUAGAUAUAUGUCACCCAUCACCUUCGACUUCUAUGACUCGUCACAUAAUCCCACUUCACGAGGCCCAGAUGCACAUGCUACCCUUUGGCUUGAUAAACUGGUUGAUAACGAGCCAACGCCAAUUCGUAUCCCUAUCUUCAAGACUUCCAACUCCCAGAGAUUCACACAAAAUCGUAUUGAAAGUGUAGAAGAUGAUCCAAGUAUUGACUUGCAGCAAGUCGGAACACUGGUCUUCUCUGGGCGCUUCAAGGCGGGGAUGGAUGAAGAUCACGAAAGGUUUGCCACGGAUAAUGACUCAAGGGAGACGUUUGAGACUUGGGCAGCUUGCAGGAGCGAGGGAAUCAGAGGGACAAUAGUACACAAGGAAACCAACCCCAUCAUCGAUGAACUCCAUGACAACAGCAUUUCCCAGAUGCGGGGCGACCUUGCAGACUUUGACAAGGGUCCCAAAGAUGUCGACGAAACAAAUCGUCUUACGGAUCGUUAUGGAAAAGACUGGGCCGGUGUUUUCGAGGCUGGGAAAAGGGAUUUAGCCCCAGAAAGUCGAUAUCGUACUACCGACUUCAAUGAAAACCCCAAUCAGCGUGGUGUACAACCAUACUCCUCUCUCAUCACUAAUCGUUCCGACUACUCUGAUUCUGAUACAGACUCAGACAGCGACUCGGAAGCGUCGUCCGACUCCUCAUAUCACCACGUCACAACUGUGAGUCCACCUUCAACGGAGGAGGAACCCACAAAUUCAGGCUCAAUGAAUCCUAUCAAGUCAAUAAAAGCAUACCGAGAGAAUCAAAAAACAACACAUCGGAAGCAUAGAGGCUUGAUGCAGUGGAAACCGAUGAGGAGCAUUGCGUUCGCAAAAGAUGAAAUGAAGUUUGCAGGGAGGAAACUAAAGGCGAAAACUAAACUUACCGGGAGAGAACCCGAUGUGGAGACAGAGGUUUAG